AUGCUUGUUGAAACGGAAAGUACGGAUCAGUUUAUCGAACCUGAUGUAACAGAAUCUGUGGACGAGUUCACACCUGAUGAACAGAAACAAAGAAAAAUGCACCAUUACCCUGCAUCGGUACAGACUAUGGAGCUCAACAUACUAGAGCGUGUAGUAGCUGGAAGCGAGGAACCGAGCCAUCUAGAUUUGUCACUUCUAAAUAGCAUCACGGAAAAUUUCUCUGAGCAGAGAAAAAUUGGUCUUGGUGGAUGUGGAGAGGUUUACAAGGUACUUAGAAGAUGGAGGCACAGGUGGAUUAAAGCAUCCAAACAUACACCAUUGGGUUAUAAACAAGUGACAAAAUGCCUCCAGCUGGCCCAAAGAUGCAUCCAAAAUGACCCGAAAAACAGACCUGACAUAGUAGUCAUAACACAAGAGCUCAACGCAUUGGAUAGUAAGGAUGACCAAUUCCAGGAAAUCCCUCCCUUGGAGGACAUGCUUGGGAUUGAACCGCUGGAAAUACACUUUCCCUUUGAACUUGACCAGCAGAUAUCACACUCAAUAGAGCUGAGCAACGAUACGGAUGGUUACAUUGCCUUCAUGACAAAGGCAAGGCUACGCCACUUCUGCAUAGAGCCAAACAAGGGCAUUGUCCCACCACGAUCCAAGUGCAGUGUCACCAUAAAAAUGCAAGCACAGGUCGACAAACUGCCAAAUGAUCACUACAAGAAAAAGAUCACCGUGCUGAGCACCAGGGUAGAUGGAGCUCUUGCUGCUAUGGAUGGAGCUGGAGACAUGUUCAUUGGCAAGGACCGUAAUGUGGUUGAUAAGGUGAUCAAUGAUAUAUAA